UCGCUCCGGGACCGCCACCUGCUCUGUCGCCCCUAGUCCCAGGUGAUGCCUUCCCUCUGGGCCUUGCUGGCCCUCGGCUGCCUGCGGCUGUGCUUGGGUGUCAACCUCCAGCCCCAACUGGCCAGUGUGACCUUUGCCACCAACAACCCUACCCUCAGCACCGUGGCCUUGGAAAAACCUCUCUGCAUGUUUGACAGCAUGGUGGCCCUCAAUGGCACCUAUGAAAUUUACCUCUAUGUCCUGGUCGACUCAGCCAGCUCCAGGAACGCCUCUGUGCAGGACAGCAGCAGGACCCCGCUGAGCUGGACGUUCCGGCAGACAGGAGGGGGGAGAACAGGCCCCUACAAGGCCGUGGUCUUUGACCUGACCCCCUGCAGCGACCUGCCCAGCUUGGACGCCGUGGGGGAUGUGUCCCGGGCCCCGGAGAUCCUGAACGCAUACCUGGUCAGGGUGGGCGCCGAUGGAGCCUGCCUCUCCGACCCUAACUUCCAGGGCCUCUGCAACCCGCCGCUGUCGGCAGCCACGGAAUACAGGUUCAAGUACGUCCUUGUCAAUAUGUCCACAGGCUUGGUACAGGACCAGACCCUGUGGUCGGACCCCAUCCGAACCAACCGGCCCACCCCGUACUUGGCGAUCGACACGUGGCCAGGCCGGCGGAGCGGCGGCAUGAUUGUCAUCACGUCCAUCCUGGGCUCACUGCCCUUCUUCCUGCUCCUGGGCUUUGCGGGCGCCGUGGUGCUGAGCCUCGUGGACAUGGGCGGUUCUGACGGGGAAACCACGCACGACUCCCAGAUCACCCAGGAGGCCGUCCCUAAGUCCCGAGGGACCUCGGAGCCUUCGUACGCGUCUGUGAACCGGGGGCUGCCCCUGGACAGGGCCGAGGUGUAUGCCAGCAAACUCCAGGACUGA